AAACGUUUAAGGUCGCAGAACUAAAAGGAGGCUAAUAUGAACCUGAUCAAACUUUCCAUCCAUCCCAUCUCAAGGUCACGCGACUUUGUGUCACUGAUUAGUUAGUCCAGUUGACUGUUUAAUGUCGCACAAACGUCCUGAGCAUUCACUUCCUCCCGAACUGUAUUAUAAUAGUGAUGAGGCCAAGAAAUACAGUUCAAAUUCCCAUAUUAUUGAUAUUCAGACGCGUAUCACAGAACGGGCUUUAGAAUUACUUGCGUUGCCUGAAGAUGAAUCCUGCAUGAUUCUAGAUAUCGGAUGCGGCUCCGGUCUAAGCGGUGAAGUUAUUACUGACAAUGGUCAUCACUGGGUCGGUAUUGACAUAAGUAAAGAUAUGCUGGAGGUCGCGUUAGACAGAGAAGUAGAAGGUAGUUUGAUACUUAGUGACCUUGGUUGUGGAUUACCGUUUCGCGGUGGAUCAUUUGAUGGAGCUGUCAGCAUUUCAGCAAUACAGUGGUUAUGCAAUGCAGAUAAAUCUUCUCAAAAUCCUGUUGCGCGUCUUAGGAGAUUCUUCGUCUCGUUAUACAGCAGUCUUACUCGUGGUGCACGAGCAGUGUUACAGUUCUAUCCAGAAUCCGUUGUUCAGGCAGAUCUAUUGCAGAAUGAAGCAACGAGAGCUGGAUUCACAGGUGGUCUUAUAAUUGAUCACCCAAACAGUACACGAGCAAAAAAAUACUUCUUAGUAUUGGAUGUAUGCAGCACUCGUCGUAUUCCACAACCACUAACAGAAAAUAAUGACAUGUCAAACUAUAAUCGUGAUAAACUUGAAAAGUUAAGAGAAUGUAGACAAUUAAAGAGGUUACCAAAGCAUAGUGUAGCUUGGAUAAAACAGAAAAAACAACGUGCCAGGGAUCAAAUGAAAGAAGUCGCUCAUGACUCCAAAUAUACGGGACGCAAGCGUCGUGCCAAGUUUUGAUACCAAUGUCUUAUUUAUUCAUUUCUGUAAAUUCAUAACUACUGUAUGUAUAUAGGCUACCUCGAUUAUAUAAUCACUGUAAAAUCUGACUUUUAAAUGUGAUAGAUAUCUAAAGCCUAGCAGUGUAUCAUAACCGGAAUGUUUAAUUGAUUUUCCAGUUAAUCUUUCACAAUCCCACCACACAUUUGUGAAAAUUUUGUAAAAAUAUAAUUACCUGAAUUUUUCCUUCAUUUUUAAUGAGUUUCUUCCAUGGUUUAAUAUUUUCCUAAUGAUAAAUUUCAUACUUCAGAAAUAUCUGGUAGUUUUCUAAUUAAAAUUAGAUUUCGCAUAUUACCAAGUGACUUUUUGUUCUAGGUUUGUUUCUCGCCUGUAAUUGAGAUCAUUACUAACAACUGGUCGAUCAUUGGCAUUCUUAUUGAAUGAUAUAUAAUUCUGACUGAAUUUUGUUUAUCUUUCUUAUUAUUUGUAAUAUUCAGUGACCGAAAAUCAGUCCACAUUUUGAAUGGUAUUUUUGAAAAUUUUUAUUAUUUGAUGUACUGUUCUCACUGUUAAUUUAAUAAAGCAAUGUGGA